AUGAGCCGAUCAAAAGCAGGUACACCCUAGACCUACGUAGGUACGCAAAACCUGAUUAAGGUCGAUCACCGGCCCGCCCGCCCGCAUCUUUUAAUAUUGCCGCUGCCGGCGAUGACCAUCGGACUCGACGUGAGAGCUUCCACCGGCGUCGUGGUCUCAGACUCCAUCCUCCAGGCCAGCAUUACGAGCGUGCACCACGUGCUCAAGAUCCAAGGAUACUCAUCGGUGAUGAACAGCUUCCCCAUCGGCAAAGCCCUCCGAUCGGAAUCCUUCCGCGGUGGAGGCCGCACUAGCUGGCACAUCGACUUCUACCCCAACGGAGAAAGUCGCGAGAGCGGCGGUUUCGUGUCCAUCCAUGCUGUUCUUGAUGCUGCCUACCUCGCCGUGAAGGCAGAUAUCGGGUUCGACAUGCUCGACUCCACCGGGGAGCUGCUGCCGCGCUACGCUAAAGCUAGUAGCGACGUGUGCAAUUUUCGUCUCGUCGGCGCUUACCGGGGCUACGACAAAUUCAUCGCGAGGGAGGAGCUGAAACUCCUCGACUGUUUCUCGGUCAGGUGCAACAUCACAGUCAUGGAGUUCUUUGCGGGCGGUGCCACCCCUUGCCCUCGUCCUCUACGACCCGUCGUGCCACCGCCUGAUUGGCGUCGUGAGCUUUUGCAGAGCGAGCAGGGCGCAGACGUGAGGUUCCUAGUCGGCGGGGAGACUUUCGCCGCGCACCGCUGCGUGCUUGCGGCGCGGUCGCCGGUGUUCAAAGCAGAACUCUUUGGCGUGAUGAAAGAGAGCAGCGCCGCCGGCAUACGUAUCCACGGGAUGAGGCCCGAGGUAUUCAGGAAUCUGCUGCAAUUCGUGUACACCGAGGAACUGCCACCCGUGACAGAAGAAGAGGAGGAUGAGUCAGCUAUGGCCCAGCAUCUCCUGGAAGCCGCUGACAGGUAUGGCAUGGAGAGGCUCAAGCUGCUCUGUGAGGACAGGCUGUGCAAGCACAUUAAUGUCAGCACGGUGGUGACCACGCUGGUGCUAGCUGAGCAACAUGGCUGCCCCGGGCUCAAGGAGGCAUGCUUCUGGUUCCUCCUCAAUUCCUCUUCAACGACACUGGAGGCAGUCAUGGCAACUGAUGACUUCGACAAUAUUCUUAGUAACAGUUGUCCUAAUCUAUUGAAAGAGUUGAUGUCGAGGCUUGCUUCCUCUGCCUCUCUCCACGAUUGGCAAAUAAUUGAUCGAUUGGAGGAGGAAGACGACCUUACCCUCUGCACAACCGAAGGGGGUGAGCUCCCUGAACCGGCUCACGGCGUCUUGCCUUUGGGAGCGAGAGCACCAAAACGCAUGCGUCUUUAAACGUCCAACUCCUACUUAACAUCGUCAAGCUGAGUUCGAAGGUUAGAAGAAACAUAGCAGCCGCCGCCUUCCUCGCGUUCCAGACAGUCGCCUCGCCCAAAUCUUAGCAGCUGCCCCCUACUUCCGGUCUCCCAUUCCUCUCGCAGCUGCUAGAGACUAGCAGUGGUUGGGUUAAGUCCGAAAGGCCGGCGCCGGGAGGUCUAUGCUCUGGUGGCCUUCGGCAGAGACGCGAAAUAUGGGCGACGGCUUAUAUAAGACGGAGUAUAUGGUUGUGCAACGGCGGCGUCAUUCGUUGUUUUGUUUGCUUUAAAGUUUUUUCUCUUUUACUCCAUCUAGACAUACCUUGGGAUUUGUAUGGCUUUGUAUGUGUAAUAGUAUUGACGAUCUAAGACUAUUUGGUGUGUUGCCA